AUGCCAAUAGGCGUCUUUGCUGAUUUUGUGGGCAUGCGACCACCCGCGUCUGUCGUACGGAUGGAGGAGGAGCAGCAGCGGGUUUUGCGAGAAGGCCACGACGACGACGACGACCAACCGAGUCAACACAAUGACGACCAGCAACAACCGCGACCCCAGUCGACCAGCGACGGUUUGUUUGUGCCUACAUCGCCCACAAUGCUGCCCAUUUCGCAGCAUGUUCCACCCCAAGCACCCCCGCUACCCACGACUAACUAUCUUCGCACCAAUUUUACAACUGGAAGUCGUCCAACAUCCACGAGCUCUGCAAACCUCCAGAUAAGCCGUGAUCUGGGCAGGGAUGACAUCCGAACCAACUUCAUCACCAAUCGCCAGCAUUCAAAUCCGGUAGCAGCUUUCAUGAAGUCCAAUACGCUUGGCAAUACCGAAAGCAGCACUUCGUUGUUUGCUCCAACUGACUACGACGACGUUGAGCCUACAACAAUGCCUUUCAUCUCCAGUACUGACUGUCGGGAGAAAAAGCGACCAGAUCUGACUAAGAGCUAUCUAGGCAACAGAAGCAAUCUCAACGUAUCGGCAAAGCACAUGAUCGUCGGAAUCGUGGUCGGAGUCGCCCUUGGCAUCGUAUUCGCCCAUGUCGGCGUGUCUGACAUCGCGGCGCAGUGGAUUUUGUUACCUGGUGACUUGUUCUUGCGAGCUGUUAACGCUCUCGUGGUGCCUUACGUGUUCUGCGCGGUGGCAGUGGCGGUAGGCGACAUUGUGUUCAUCGGCAAAGUCUCGAUCAUUGGAUUGCAAACACUUAAGAUUUUCGCGACGGGGUGGGUGGUUUCGACGGUCGUGGGCAUCAGUUUGGCCUUGGUCUUUCGACCUCUGUUCCGUCUCCCGAACAAGUUUGUUAGUCCUCACACUAACACAGUGAGGCUAACUUGUUCGAGCGGACUCAAGCUGGAGAUGCUGACCAACAAGAGCAUUACCUGCUCUUCCAAUGCCACGGAAAUGUCACUGGAAAAUGCUUUCGUACUGGGCAACGUGCAUAACGUGUUCGAGACGAACAGCAACGUGGUGAUCCCGGAGCUGACUUUCAGUAAGCAUCUGAUCUUGACUCUGGAGUCUAUGGUGUCGAACAACGUCUUUGCCUCGUUGGCAGACGGCGAUCUACUGGCAAUCAUCGUCUUCGGUAUGGCGUUCGGCUCAAUCGCAGGACGAAACUACUUUUCCAAUACCCAUCGUGUGAACUAUUUGUACCUGGUGCUGAUGCAGCUGCGCAACACUUUUCUCCUGGCCAUGGAAUGGCUCAUCUGGACAACGCCUGUUGCCGUCGUCUCCAUCAUCGCCGGAGCUUUUGCGUCCAACCAGGCCGCUGUGAGCAAUUUGCCCAAAGUUUACAUGUUUCUUGUGGCUUGCGCCUUAGCCACAACACUGCAGAUUUGGAUCGUAUACCCGUUCAUCGUGUUCCUCCUCGCUCGCUGUAAUCCAUACCCCCACAUGCACCACAUGAUUCGCUCGUACCUCUUCGCUUUCAGCUCUUCCUCGUCGCUGGCUACUGCUCCUGUGACUCUCAGCUGCAUCCAGAAAGCUCGAGUGUGCUCACAGUCAAUCGCCACGUUCGUAGUUUCUGUCGGUGUCCUUACGAACAUGUCGGGCUCUGGAUGGUACUAUCCAGUUGGCAUCAUUUUUUUGGCGGAGUCAUCCGGCAAUGGUGACGAAAUUACUUUCUUGCGCCUUGUAGCGAUCUUCUUCCUAACGAUCGUAGCGUGCGUCAGCACACCACCAGUUCCAAACGGUAGCAUGGUGGUUAUGUCUACCAUGUACAGAACUGUUUUUGGUGUGAACACAUUGCCAUCCACCUGGGCUCUCUAUGUCGCAUGUAGCUUUCUUGUAGACCGUCUAUUGACCAUCUGCAACGUCAAUGACGAUAUUAUGGCACUCAAGGUCAUUGCCGAGAAUACCGACGAAACGGUGGCAGACCAUCAGCUUGGCCAGUGCAACUAG